AUGGCUAGACCAAGGAGAAAGAACAGGACGCACUUGAAGGGACCCGCAAAGGGAGAGACAGAGGAGAAUGUACCUAAAUCAUUCGUGAUAAAAUCUGGAGCGGUGACGAAAUCGAUAACUCAACUAGUCCGAGAUACAAGGAAAAUAAUGGAACCCAACACAGCUACACGAUUAAGAGAGAGACCCAAUGCUAGGUUAAGAGAUUAUCUGACUAUUGCACCUUCGCUCAAAGUGACCCACUUAAUGGCUUUCACCUUGACAGAUGCUGCAAACGUUCAUCUUAGAGUAGCUAGAUUACCUCAAGGUCCUACUUUGACAUUCAGAGUGAAUAAAUAUAGUUUGAUGAAGGAUCUGGUCAAUUCAUCUUUGAGGAAUGUUGGUAAAUCUCCCGGAGGCGAAUACCGUAAUCCACCGUUGUUGGUUAUGAACAAUUUUCAGCAACCUGCGAACGGAAGUGCGUUACCGCAAUUACGAUUGAUGAGUACCAUGUUCCAAGGAUUAUUCCCACCUAUCCAGGUUGAGAAGUCCGCCUUACCUACCUUCCGACGAGUACUCCUUCUUUCUUAUUCUCAUCAGACAGGAUGUAUAUCAUUCCGACAUUUCACAAUAACGGUUCGGCCACAUGGAGUCUCAAGAAGAGUACGGAAAUUACUUACUACAACAGGUACGGUCAAAGUAUCACGUAAAGCGCCGAACCUAUCAAACACAGAAGACAUAGCGGAUUAUCUAUUGAGAAGAGCAGGAUCAGAGACAUCAAACCUAACAGGACAAUCUGGGUAUGAUAGUAUGUCUGAAACGGAAGCUAGUGAAGGUGAAUCAGAUACAAACGCAAUUGAAUUACCUGAAGAUUACGUUGGAAGAGGUAAUAAAAAAGGUGAAAGGAAAGCAGUCAGAUUAAUCGAGACUGGACCUAGAAUGGAAUUGAGAUUAAUCAAAGUCGUCGAAGGUUUAGUGGGAAGUAAAAAAGGUGAAGGUGAAACUGUUUUCCAUGAGUUUGUUCAAAAAUCGAAAUCAGAAGCUGUAUCAAUGCAGGAAUCACAUGAACAAAGAAGAGCAGCCAAAGAUGCUCGAAGAGCAGAACAAGCAGCUAAUGUAGCUAGGAAGAAGGCUGAAAAGACGAAAUCCAAACCGAAAAGAAAAUCAGCUGAAGGUGAAGAUGAUGAAGAAGAAGGAGAAGAUGAAGAAUCUUCAGAAGGUGAUUUGGAUGUUGAAGGUCUAUCAGACAUUGAUCCAGAAGAAGAACUACAAAGACUCAGAGACAGAAAAGUCAAUUUCAAAGGUCAAAAUCAAGCAGGUGACGAUGAUUAUGACGAUGAAGAUGAAGAUGAUGAUUUCGAAUACGAAGAUAGAGUAAAUCAAGCUGAUCAACAGGAAGAUAUAGAUGAUUGGGAUGCAGAUGUUGGCGCAGCAGAUGUAAGCUCUGAAGAGGACGAAGAAGAACAAGGUGGGAACGAAAGUAGUGAAAGUGAGGGUGAAGCUCCUCCACCUCCAAGGAAAAAGAGAUCAAAUGGGAAAAAGUGA